UAGAGCGCUCCGUCGCCGUGCCCCCGGUAUCCCAUCUCCCACACCAAAUCCCAAUCCGGCUCCCCGCCCCCCACAAGCGCCCAAAACCCUAGCUUUAAACCCCCGAAUCCAACCGAUUCCCCCGCAGAUUCCCGCCAUUUCUCGCCGGAGCGGCGAUCCACCGGACCUGGAUCGGUGCCUUCUGUCGCUGACCAACUCUAAGGUUGCUCGGGUUGUCCCGAGAGCUCUGUUCUGGUCCCCUUUUCUUGCUAGGAUGGAUACUCCAAUCCAAUCCACCCUCUAGUCUGUGGCAGGUUUUUUUUUCCUGCGCGGACAGCACCAAGGUGCCUAUUCCCAGCUAAAUUUCGAAGGAACGCUGUCCCUUCUCUGUGUUCCUGCCUGGUAUAAGCAUGGAGUUCGAGGGCGAAGGGGGCAUUGGUGUUGGUGUCGGCGGUGCCGAAGGAGACGACAGGGUGGACGAACCUACCAGUUAUUCAGAUGCCUACGCUGUGGAAUUAGCGCAAAUGCGACGCCUCAUAUGCGUCGUGGACCGAUGGGACGGCGGACUUUAUGCAAUGCAUGUGGAAUAGCAUGGGCAAAGGGAAAAUUGAGAAAAGUUAUUGAUUCUGAUGCCCCCAUAGAUGAUGCUACUGUUGCAAAAAUGGUGCCUGAAGUCGGCAUGGAAUUUGACAAUGAAGACAAAGCAUAUGAAUUCUAUAACAGGUAUGCUGGACACAUGGGCUUUAGUGUUCGUAAGAGUUCAUCGGACAAAUCAGCUGACAACAUCACAAGAUCGAGAACCUUUGUAUGCUCGAGGGAGGGUUUCCGUAAGGACAAGAAAGGAGCUAAUGAAGUUAAAAGGCCACGGCCAGAAACAAGAAUAGGGUGCCCCGCACGGAUGAUAAUUAAGAUUACAUCCUAUAAUAAAUAUCACAUUGCUGAAUUUGUAGCAGACCAUAACCAUCAGCCAGCACCCCCAUCAACCAUGCAUAUGCUGAGAUCUCAGAGAGUGCUCACUGAGGUACAAACAACUGAAUGCAACUCCUCAGAAGAUUCCACAACACCGUCAAGGUUUUCUGGUGGAUCUUUAGUACAGCAGGCAGGAAUUUUUAGAAAUGUUAAUUUCCUCCCUGCAGAUUACAGAAGUUCCCUUUGUUCAAAGCGUAUGAAAAAUAUGCAACGUGGUGAUGCAGGAGGUGUUGUUAAGUACCUGCAGAGCAUGCAGCUAAACAAUCCGUCUUUCUUUUAUGCUGUCCAGCUCGAUGAGGAUGACAGACUGACCAACAUUUUCUGGGCCGAUUCCAAAUCUAGAGUUGAUUUCAGCUACUUCAGUGACGUGGUUUGUUUGGACACAACCUACAAGAUAAAUGCACAUGGAAGGCCAUUAACUCUCUUCCUUGGAGUGAAUCAUCACAAGCAAAUCUCCAUAUUUGGUGCUGCUUUGCUUUAUGAUGAAUCAGUGGAAUCGUUCAAGUGGUUGUUUGACACGUUCAAGAUCGCUACAGAUGGAAAACAGCCAAAAACAAUCUUGACAGAUCAAUCAAUUGCAGCAAGUGCUGCCAUAAGCGCAGUAUGGCCAAGUACAAUUCACUGUCUUUGCCCAUGGCAACUGUACCAAAACACUGUCAAACACCUUAAUCACAUCUUCCAAGGCUCUAAAACAUUUGCAAAGGAUUUCAGCAGAUGCGUUUAUGAUUAUGAGGAUGAAGAGGGUUUUUUGCUAGGCUGGAGAACCAUGCUAGAGAGGUAUGAUCUAAGAAACAAUGAAUGGCUUCAUAAGUUAUUCAAAGAUCGAGAUAAAUGGGCAUCAGCGUACAAUCGACAUGUAUUCACCGCAGAUAUAAAAAGUUCAUUGCAGUUAGAAUGUGUUAGCAAUGUCUUAAGAAAGUACUUGAGCCCACAGUUUGAUUUUUUGUCUUUCUUCAAGCACUAUGAAAGAGUGCUGGAUGAGCAUCGCUAUGCAGAGCUACAAGCUGAUUUUCAUGCAAGCCAAAGCUUCCCGAGAAUCCCCCCCUCGAAAAUGCUGAAACAAGCUGCCAACAUAUACACACCAGUGGUUUUUGAAAAUUUCCGCAGAGAGUUUGAGAUGUUUGUGGAUUCAGUGAUCUACAGUUGUGGGGAGUCUGGAACUGCAUCCGACUAUAGAGUAGCAGUAACAGAUAGACCCGGGGAAUACUAUGUUAGGUUUGAAUCCAGUGACUUGUCUGUUGUUUGCAGUUGUAAAAAAUUCGAAUCGAUGGGCAUCCAGUGCUGCCAUGUGCUGAAAGUCCUUGAUUUCAGAAAUAUAAAGGAGUUGCCACAGAAAUAUUUUCAGAGAAGAUGGACGAAGGAUGCAAAAUCUGCAGAUAGAGGCAACCAAGAAUUCUUGAAUGAUGGAGCUUCGCAGACUCCAAGCUCUUGUUUAAAUGCUCCUGCGCCAUUUAUAGGUCAACCACAAGUGCACUUGAAUAAUCUCCAUGACCAUGCCACUUCCAUUUCUACUUCCGGCCAACAUGCCCUUCAAGGAAACGCACAUGGAAACCAGGGUUAUGCCCCUUCAGCAGGGACGAACCAGCAGCCAUUUAUCGGAGGUUUCCCCCUAAACCAUGAAACAGGUUUUGGAUGAAAAGUGGGCCUUACGCUUUCACCAUGUCGUUCCAGAAAUCCUGAAGUUUCUGGUACUCUGUAAGGCUCCUGUUACUUAUUUUUGUGGUAGCAAGCAAUAUGUGCCGUUUGUUGUAAAGGAAAAUAAUAAUGGCCCUUAGUUCGACUAUAGAAACUCACUUAGCUUUGAGAUGGUAGUAAAGAUUCGAAUUGUCUGCAUUCAUACAUAGCAUAUGUCAUGCCGAUGUUGCAGGAACAGCUAAACCACCAGUAUUUCGAUCGAGCGAAAAUGAAACGAAGAUUUAUGCUA